GGUGCAGGUAACGGCGAGGUUACUGCACCAUCAGCAACCGAAAGCCAGACUUUGUGAGGAAAUCUUGAUGCUGAUGAGCGAUUUGUAUUAUACUUUGCGAGCUUAAGCGCAUUCAACGAGCACUAGCUCCGUGCACUUCAACGUGUGCGUAAUGAAACCGGGCAAACAUUCGAUAACAGUUCUUGUGGCCUCAGCUCGAAACUCCCGUCACAGGAGAUACCGACCCAGCUAAUGUCUGUGCGCAUUCAUGGAGAGCUGUGUGAUGGCCGCAGCCGUACUGACCAGGUUCGAUGCGACCGUGUUUUCUGGGCCAUUUUCUCCAACAUCCCACAGCAUCACAGAUGUUCACUUCUACUUAUUGCAGGCAUCCUUGAAAUAUCUCACUGGUAGAAGGCCAGCCGUUUUUCUGGAGACGGUUAACGCCGACCUAAGAAUCCACCCAAGCAACAUCAAACUUCGGGAACAAAUCAGGCACUCGAAUACAUAUUGUGUUCCAGGUUCAUCGCAUCGUAUCGCUCAAACUGAUCUUCAAACCUGGAUAUGGAGCUUACUCGUGUUACAAAUGAAGGCGUCUCAUUCGCUCCCAAUAACAUCAUCCAGGAAUAGACAGUGCUCAACGCAGAAUGUGCGACUAUUCAGAUGUUCUCUCUACAUCACCUUGCAUAUGCCUUCUGGUGCAUCCUCGACGUCCGUCACCCGCAAACUCGAUCUUCCUCCAGGCAAUUCUACCACCAUGAUCUCAAGGGGACUGCUCUCGAAGCUCUAUCGGCAGCAUUUCCCAGGCUAUGAGACUUGCACAUGUUUUGGAACAGAUUCACAUCCACUGAUUAACGGAUGAGACAACAGGGUGCACGAGUCGUACGUUAUGGCUGAUUUUGCGAAAUGUACUCUUGCAGUCACACUUCCACCUAUCUG